UGCUCACCACCGGCCUCAGUCGACCGCUGUCCUCUGUCGAUAGAUGGCGCUCAACGGAGUCAGAACUCAAGGUCUCGGGGUCUCGCUAAUGCCGGUCCACGCUCGAAAUCGCCAGAUAAGCGGUAUCAGUUCACGCAUGCGCCCCGAUCACAACGGGAAAUGAUCCAAGCUCCGAAUACCAAACCCGCGUCUCGCUUCCGUCUCCGGUCCCGAUCCUACUGAACAAUAUAUUCUAUUGAUAGUAUAUUCCCGUAUAUAGUCUAUUGCAGUAUAGGCUAUCGUCUAUAACCUCUAUUGCAUCCCUACGUGUGUAUUGUGUGUUAUGUAUCGGUGCGCGCCAAGUCUCUGGUGCUGUUGAUGGGUGGACCUUUUAGACACACCCUCGAAAAAUUGCGGCCGUUAAAUUUCCACGAACUCUUCCUCAUACCGGAAUUAAAUUGAAUUUUCUUUUGUUUGAUUUGAUCCAAGCACGAUCAAAAUUCUAUGAAGGUGGUUUGGAAAGAGAUAUACUUCGAAAAAUUUCUGGUACAUCAUAGCGAUCGUUGAUGCUUCGGAUCUUUCAUUCAACUUGAUGUUUCGAACUUUCGUGUGAGAUUGGUUUACAUUUGGAUUCAUUCGACAGAGAUCGCUUGCAUAAAAAAUUGGGUUCCCUGGAACUGAGCAUUCGGGGAGAAUUUCUCAAAAUUGAUUUUUUUUUUGGCCGAUCGAUCGGUAGUGUUUAAAGUGUGCGGUUUUUUUUUUUUAAACCAAGGCUUUGAAAUCCCGAUCUAAUUGAUCUACUCGUGAAGUUACAGCAGAUGUUGAGAGGCGAUUUCUUGUUGAAGUGGUUUUUUGCGGCACGACUGGAGUUUCAAUGGAUGUGCUUUGAGUUUUAAAGUGAUGUAACACUGCUCGGAACCAACCUUAACGGAUUUUUCAACCUUGCAGUGACUGUCACCCCUGCAGAAUAUGCCAAAACCAUGGUUUUUAUCACAAGCUGGACUGAUUGCUUCGUGCUUCUCAUUGGUUCUUUCUGCUGAGCUAACUUUAAACCUAAAAUCUGACAAGGCAGAAUGGUCCACAGGUGACAUCUCCAGUCAACUUUUUCCGGAGCCAUCCAAUGACCGCUCCCUAAAGACCUGUUGGCCCGUGUGUGGUCCCCUAGACAAUUUACAGGACCAUGAUGCCCAUAGUUAUCAAAUUUUCACCAAUACUAGUCAUGACAGGUCAAGAAGAGCAGCGCUCCGAUUUGAGGACGAUGCGUGGAGCGGAGAGGGUCAGCGACCCAGGAGAUCUCGAUCUUCGGGGCGACAGUCGCGGCUGACGUCGGAUUGGGAUGCGACGCGGCCGGAGACGCCGGUGGAGGAGCAGCGGCACAUCCUGGCCAACUCGGCGCAGGGCGAGGAGCAGUUCGGGCCGGAGGGGGAGCCGCGUUACUUGUCCCCGCAGGCCAUCGCCACCCUCUCCGAGACCCUGGGCGCCAUUAACACCGUCGGAAGGUACCUCGUCAACUACACCCGGGCCGACAAGUCCGCCAUCCAGCACAUCAAACCACAACCAACAGUCGCGAAACCGAGCGAGGAGCUGCCCAACGCACUGUACACGAUCAGCAAGAACGUCCUGGGCCGGAACAUGACGGACACGAUUGCUCCGAUCGUGCGGGGGGUGGCGCCGUUGGUCCAGCUCAGCUCCUCCGGGAAAGUGGUCGUCCAGGAGAGCGGGAACGGGGAGGGCGCCAUCCGCCCGUGCACCACCCCCGACGGCAUCGCCGGCAACUGCCAGGAUCUCAGCAACUGCCCCCAGCUCCUCCUCAACCUCAACAACCUCCGCCAGUCCAUCUGCUUUAAGUCUCUCUUCGUCCCUGGCGUGUGCUGUCCGACCAAGGGCAACCAGCAAUUCCUGACAGAACGGCCAGUAUUAAUAGAGCACCAGAAGCCUCAGUAUACAACGUCGACUACCAGACGUCCUGUAAUCAACAGCGCGCCAUCAAAUGUAGCACCACCAGUUGUGUCAGUGCCAAUCCAUACGACCGACGCCUCCUCAGUAUUCCUCUCUGAAGACUGCGGCGAACCGGAGGUCCCUAAGUUCCGGGUGGUCGGAGGAGAAGAGUCACUCCCGGGACGCUGGCCGUGGAUGGCAGCCAUAUUUCUCCACGGCCCGCGACGAACCGAAUUCUGGUGUGGAGGAUCCCUCAUCGGGGAGCGACACAUUCUCACAGCGGCCCACUGCACGCGGGACAACCGCCAGAGACCUUUCAGCGCACGGCAGUUCACGGUGCGGUUGGGCGACAUCGACCUGCGGCGAGACGACGAGCCUUCAGCGCCGGAGACCUACGGGGUCCUGGAGGUGCGGGCCCACCCCCGGUUCAGCCGGGUCGGGUUCUACAACGACAUCGCCGUCCUGGUCCUCGACCGACCGGUCAAGCGCUCCCGCUACGUCAUCCCGGUCUGCCUCCCCACCGAGAACCUCAAGGACGAGCCCUUCACCGGCCGCAACCCCACCGUCGUCGGCUGGGGCACCACCUACUACGGUGGGAAGGAGAGCACCGUACAACGCCAAGCUGAGCUACCUAUUUGGAAUAACGCUGAAUGUGACAAAACUUACUUCCAGCCCAUCACCGAGAACUUCCUCUGCGCCGGCCUGAAGGAGGGCGGCAAAGAUGCUUGUCAGGGAGAUUCUGGAGGACCCCUCCUCUUGAAACAGGGAUCGCACUGGAUGCAGGUGGGAAUCGUUUCCUUCGGGAACAAAUGCGGGGAGCCCGGCUAUCCCGGUGUCUACACCCGCGUAUCAAAAUACCUCGACUGGCUCAAAGAUAACGUCACGUGAUGACACUUGCUCCAGGCUCCAGCUCUUACAGCCUCCACACAAAUUGUUUCCUUCUGUUUGAAAAUUAAGAAUCUCUGUGAUAGCUGAAGAUUACGAUUCCUCGUAACAGUAACUUAUAAAAUUAAUUUAUGCCUUUAGAAUAGAACGAUGACCCGAACAUUGUGUAUUCCUGUCAAACGAAACUAUGUGCAUUCAGACAUGAGCCCUGAGACCCAUAAGAAUAUAUGCAUGACAGGGCUCACGUCACAUAGUUCCGUUUGACAGAAAUACGUCCGUUUGUUUUUCAACAAAUUGCGGCAUGAGGAGUAAAAUUUCAGUGAAAUGAUGCAUACACGUGCUCGGAAAUUGUUUGAACUGAUGAAGUACAAGAGAUAUACAUAACUACGGUGAAAUUACCAGACCACGUAUACCGGUUUUUAACAUU